CAAAUUCACCAUUUCAACACACAAAAACAAACACCUUCACUCCUCUUAAGUUCUAACUCUUUAGUUCAGAGCAAGGAACGCAAAACCCUUCCAUAAAAAUGGUUGACCAGAAGAAUCUCGGACCUCAACCUAUGACUCCAUUCUCCGCAUUGACCCCGCACCGUGCCAUAGCCUCACGACCGCGCCGCCUCAUCUCUGCCACAACCCUCGAGAUGAUACUUGAGGAAGAGACAGCACCAGAGGAAAAUCGUUCUAGCGCUGACACUGCGAUGGAUUCUCUUGUGGUAUUUCCGGCAACCUCUUUUCUAUUGUACGGAAGCUGCAAGUGCCCUUGAUGUUUAAUUUUCACCACAAAGCUAUUGAAGAAUGGUGUUUUUCAGUUCUCUUGUAAUAUUUCAGUUAUAUAUGGAAGUCUGGUGUCAAUCAUGUGUUGAUGCUUUGUUUAUGUAAAUGUUAUAUCAAAAUUUUUCCGCUUCUAUAUAA